AUGGGGAAGCCACACAGUCACAGCUCCAGCAAAGUCAGGUAUCUUUUGGAUAACCCUGAUGUUGUUAGAGGAAAGUCGGUCUUAGAUCUUGGGAGCGGAUGUGGAGCUACAGCAAUUGCUGCUAAGAUAAGCGGAGCAUCAGAGAUCUUGGCCAACGACAUAGACCCCCUUGCAGGAAUGGCGAUUACACUAAAUUGCAAAUUAAAUGGACUGAAUCCAUUUCCCAUUUUAACCAAAAACAUUUUGAAUACGCAACCACGUAAGUUUGAUCUCAUUGUUCUUGGAGAUAUGUUUUAUGAUGAAGACCUUGCAAACACUCUUCAUUUGUGGCUGGAGAAGUAUUUUUGGACCCACGGAACCCGAAUAUUGAUUGGUGACCCUGGGAGGCCCCAGUUCAGUGGACACAGCAUUCAGCAUCAGCUGCACCAACUAGGAGAGUACACACUUCCAGAGCCAACUCAGCAGGACAACAACGGACUGACCACAAGUGCAGUGUGGGACUUUCAUCCCUGAUUUGUCAGAGUGCUUUCAAGUGUUUGGAUUAAACUCUAAAAAUUUCCUCUGUGGGACGUAGUUUAAAGAAUGCAGUUCAGUGGGGGUGGGUGGCUUGAGGCUUAAAUACCACCACGUGGGAGACUGAGGUGGGUUGAUCGCUCUAAAUUUGAAGCCAGAAUGGUCUACAUGGUGAGUUAGUUCCAGGACAGCCAGAACUACAUAGUGAGACUCUGAUGGAGGGAGUUAUUUAAAAUUUCUCUGUUCAGCCCUGCACAGUGGUGCCUGCUUUUACAGGUGGUUCUCUGAAUUUGAGGCCAGCUUGGUCUACAGAGUGAGUUUCAGGACAGCAGAGCUACACAGUGAGACCUGGUCUCAAAACAAACAAAUGGAAAUUAGUAAAUAAAAAGAAAGAAAAUCUCACCUUCCUUGGCUGUUCUACCUUACAUAACUGUAUGGCUUACUAAAGUUAGUAAUGGUUAUGCUUCCAUUUCAUAUACCAGGUUGGCAGGAUUUUAUAAGAACACAAUCCUCUAAGCAAAAAUAAUGUGAAUAAUACAUUUCACACACAACUGAUUAUGUAGAAGGUAUAUCUUAUAUGUAUGGAUAUAACAUACACAACUUGCUACAAUAUUAAUAAAAUAUCUCUGGAAAGAUAA